CGGUCGAGGCCGCGGGGCUCCUCGGGCGCAGCUAGCGUGUGCAUGUUGGGGCGUGCGGUCCGGAGGCGCUGCCCGCGGGGGCUGCGGCGCGGCCGGGAGGCGCUGCUGGCGCUCUUGGCGCUAGCUGGGCUGGGUGCGGUGCUGCGGGCUCGAAGCGGGUCUGGGACGGUGGAGACCCGGGCCACCGUGCACCCGGUGACUCCGCGCACUCCACGCCUCGGGCGUCGCGAGCCAGUGCUUUCCAGGCCGCCGCUGGCCGCCAAUGCGCUGGGCGCGCAGGGGGAGGCAGUGCGGCUGCAGCUGCAGGGCGAGGAGCUGCGUCUGCAGGAGGAGAGCGUGAAACUGCACCAAAUCAACAUCUACCUGAGCGACCGCAUCUCGCUGCACCGACGUCUCCCGGAGCGCUGGAACCCUCUGUGCAGAGAGGAGAAGUACGAUUAUGAGAAUUUGCCCAAGACGUCCGUCAUCAUAGCCUUUUAUAAUGAAGCCUGGUCAACACUCCUUCGAACAGUUUACAGUGUCCUUGAGACGUCCCCUGACAUCCUGCUGGAGGAGGUUAUUCUCGUAGAUGACUACAGCGACAGAGAGCACCUGAAGGAGCGCUUGGCUAAUGAACUGUCGCGGCUGCCCAAGGUGCGCCUGAUCCGGGCCAGCAAGAGAGAGGGCCUAGUGCGAGCACGGCUGCUGGGAGCCUCCGUGGCCAAGGGUGAAGUGCUGACCUUCCUGGACUGUCACUGUGAAUGCCAUGAGGGGUGGCUGGAGCCUUUGCUGAGGAGGAUCCACGAGAAGGAGUCUGCAGUGGUGUGCCCCGUGAUUGAUGUCAUCGACUGGAACACCUUUGAGUACCUGGGCAACUCCGGGGAGCCCCAGAUUGGAGGUUUUGACUGGCGGCUGGUAUUCACGUGGCAUGUGGUUCCCCAGAGAGAGCGGGAGCUGAUGAGGUCCCCUAUUGAUGUCAUCAGGUCUCCAACAAUGGCCGGGGGACUGUUUGCUGUGAGUAAGAGAUAUUUUGAAUAUCUGGGGUCUUAUGAUACAGGAAUGGAAGUCUGGGGAGGAGAAAACCUCGAAUUCUCCUUUAGGAUCUGGCAGUGUGGUGGCACUCUGGAGACACACCCCUGCUCCCACGUCGGCCAUGUUUUCCCUAAGCAAGCUCCCUAUUCGCGCAGCAAGGCCCUGGCCAACAGCGUUCGCGCUGCUGAAGUGUGGAUGGAUGAAUUUAAAGAACUCUACUACCACCGCAACCCCCGAGCCCGCCUGGAACCCUUUGGGGACGUGACAGAGAGGAAGAAGCUUCGGACCAAGCUCCAGUGUAAAGACUUCCGGUGGUUCCUGGAGACAGUGUACCCAGAACUUCAUGUGCCAGAGGACAGGCCCGGCUUCUUCGGGAUGUUCCAGAACAAAGGACUCAGAGGGUACUGCCUUGACUACAACCCUCCUAAUGAAAACCAAAUCGAUGGCCACCAAGUCCUUUUGUACCUCUGCCAUGGGAUGGGGCAGAACCAGUUUUUCGAGUAUACAUCCCAGAAAGAAAUACGCUACAACACCCGCCAGCCUGAGGCCUGCAUAGCUGUGGAGGAAGGGAAGGAUGUUCUUAUCAUGCAUCUCUGCAGAGACACCGUCCCGGAGAAUCAGGAGUUCAUCCUGCACGAGGACGGCACUUUAGUUCACAAGCAGACCAGGAAAUGCGUGAAAGCCACGAAGAAGGAGCUCGGCCACGGCUUUGCACCACUCUUAGGGGAGUGCACCAACUCAGAUAGCGAGAGAUGGUUCUUCAAGGAACACGUGUCAUAGUGCAUCCCUUGUCAAGGAAGGAGCCCAUCAUGGCACGGACUCUGCGCCAGUGAGGUGGAGGAAGCUCAUGGCUGCCAUUUGUGAAUGUUUGGAUUUCACACGGAUGUGAACAAGCCUUGUUCAGGUUUUAAGAGUGUCUCCCAGAAAUCCUAAGAUGUUACUUUUGGUAUGUGGAAAGGUUAAUUAGGAUUUUUUUCUAUCAAGAUGUGCAUUUCACAAUGGUGCCUUUUAUUCUCACUAGCAAAAGAAAAGGUAAAUAUUUUAUUUUGGUACUUACAAAGACCCCAGGUAUUUAAAUAUUUUAUUUUGGUACUUACAAAGGUCCCAGGUAUUUGCAGAGUACUUUGCACAAACUGAUACCUCAGAUGUCCCAUUAGCAUCUUCUCAGUGGGAUGAGAUGGACAUUAGAAGCCUCAUAUUGAUUCUUCAGGUGUGAGUUAGAUGAGGUGGUCUAGAUUUACAUAAUAAAGAAUGCUUUUUGCUUAAAUGUUGCUAAUACAGUCAAAGCUCUACCACAAUGUCCAUAUUAACCAAAACACACUAACCAAAUCUAAAAUUUCCAAGAGUCAGUAUGGCUUGCCAGGAUCAUCCAAACUUGAGAGUGUAUUUCCAACAAUGCCUAGUGGGAGGGGCAGUGGCUUUUAGCAGUGUUUAGCCCCUGUGACUUUAAAACAUGUUUGUGUACCUUAUAGUUUUUAUCACAAGAUAGUGCCAGGGAGAAAUGCAAGAUUCACACGAAACUCAAUUUUCAGGUUGGUUCUUAAAUAGUAUUUGAUGAUUUAAAUCAGUGUGAGUGUUUGUGAUGUAACAGGUGCUGUGACUAUUAUUACUCAAUAAUUCAGAUGUCUGAGUGGUCCUAGGUCAGUUCCCAGAACUCGCCGUCUUGUUAAAGCCAACAGGGACGAUUAAAAAUGCCGUCGGUGAACUAGGAGUGUAGACCAGCUGGUGGAGUGUCUGCGUAGCAUGCACGAGGCCUGGGUUCAAUCCCCAGCACCUCACUUUUAAGAAUGGGCUUGGUGGCACACCCCUGAUUCCAACAUUUAGGAGGCAGAGGCAGAAGGAUAAGUUCAGGGUUAUCACUGGCUACACAGAGAGUUUGAACUCAGCCUGGGCUACAGGAGACCCUGUCUCAAGAAAACGUCAGUGAGAAGGUAGACUCUGGAUCUUAUUUUUGUCCCGGUCAUUUGUGAAAAGAUACGUAUGAUGCAUUAAAAAGUGUCCCCUCA